UUUAGCACAACUCUUCCUUUUGCCGGGAAGGUGACUAGCUCUUUGUGUUUCUUUUCAAAUGUCUUCUCAUCAAAGAGGUCUUGCUUAACUCCUUAUCUAAACUAGUGCCUGUCCAGUCAUCACAACCCUACCCUUUAUAUCCUAAAAAAGUACCUAGGGAGGGGUUUGGACAUGUAUGUGUAGCUCAGUGACAGAACAUGCUUAUCAUGCACAAGGCUCUGGAUUUGAUCUCCGCACCAACAAAGCAAAAUAAGUGCUUAUCAGAAUUUGUGAUAUUCUCGUUUGAAUUUUACCUUGGGACAAAAUCACACAUCAUCGUCCAGUGGGAGAGACAGAAAACACAGGAAUGCCAAACGUACGGGAAAGCCCAUGGGCCCCUGAAUCGCUGUCCACAAUGAGUUGCUCUGGGCAGUUCAUCAGCUAGGUCUGUCAACCCAGGACAAUAGAACCAAUUAUUCAUACUCUGCUGAGAAUUCUGGUUGUAUUUUUCUUGGUCAGGUGGGUACGAUUCAAUCCCUAGGAUCCAAGCAGGAUAUAUUAUUUCCAUUCCAAGGGUCUCGGGGAACCCCGAAUCUGGUCCUUAGUUGGUGAGUUUGCUAAGCAAUAAUUAUAAACGGGACAAUUAUGGGCGGAAAGAGAGCUGCACUCCUUCAGGGCUCCGGUAUUUCGGAACCUUAAUCUUGAAGACCUGCCCCUUCAACUUUCUGAAAGGGCGGGGCAACGAGAGCAGCUGUCACCUCCUUCCCUCCACCCGGCUGGCUCUCGUGUGUGUUCAGAUGUUCAAUAACAGCUCUUCUUCCGGGACUUCCUGGUCACCACAACCAAUCAAAGUGUUCUUCCUGUCCAACCAUUGUCAGUUUGGGGCCAAUCGGCGCGGCUCUACCAACGCCCCUUAAAGGCGCCGCGGCUGCCUCCUGAGCCCGGGCGGACCAAUUCCUCCGUUCCGGCCCCCGCCCGCAGUAUGGAGUCGUCUCGGGGGCGGCCCGGGUCGGAGGCUGACCUUCUAGCUCUAGCGGAACAGCAGGCCGCGAUUUUCUGCGGUGGGCAGGGUGGAACGCCCUCUAAGCCACCCUCAGGCCUGAGGGUGUCUGGGGAGGAAGAGGCCAAGAACGUUGGGGGCGCGAGCCGCCAACCCAGGUCGUCCCCGAAGACUUCGAGCAGCAGCAUAGUCCGCCGGCUGGAACCGGAGGCUUGGAAAAACGAGCCCGGCCCCCGAGCGACGCGGUCUGGGAGCCGGAGCCGCCGCGGGGAGCCAGGUUCCGAGUACGACCCGAACCUGUCCUCCCGACACAAGGAUCCUAAGCCGUCGGAGGACAAGCCUGCAUCCGAGAGGAUCGACCGUCGAGGGAGCCCGGGAGGCGUCGAAAUGAAUGUGGAACAGCCGCAGCAGGAAGAGGAAGACAUUGACGAGGAGGCGGCAGCGGCCGGCAGGGCUAGCCGCUCGUUCUCCAGCCGCCUUCAGGACAGCCGCAGUCUGGACGGGCUCAGUGGGGCGUGCGGAGGCGCGGGGUCCGCAGGGGGUGCGGAGUCCGGCGCGGGCGGCGGACGCCGUGCCACUAUUUCCAGUCCCCUGGAGCUCGAGGGCACUGUGAGCCGCCACGGAGACCUCACUCACUUUGUCGCCAACAACCUGCAACUCAAGAUCCGUCUGAGCGGCGUCGCUCCGCCCCUUCCCCCUGCUCCAGUGCGUCCCUGCCUAGCACCGGCACCCACUCCUACCAUCCCGCCCAUCGACCCUGACGUGCUGCGGGAUCUGGAACGGCUGAGUCGCGAUCUGGGCAGCCGGGUGGACCGCCUGCUUCGCGGGCUGGGUGGUGCGGUGCAGGAGCUGACAGCGCUGAGCGUGGGCUGCAUUCAGACCUACCGCGAUGCGGUGGACUCCUUAGGCGAAGCCGUGGACAUGAGUAUUAAGGGCAUGUACACCCUGCUGGCGCGAUGCGAGGAGCUGGAGAGGGCUCUGCAGCCGGUUCAGGGGCUGGCGCGCCAAGUCCGAGACAUCCGACGCACUCUGGAGGUGUUGGAGGCCCUGUGCAAGUGACCUGGAGAGAUGAAGAGGCGGGGCCUAGUCCUGGCAGGGCCCAGCUGGAUCCUAAGGACUCUUCAAGGAGCCUUGGUGGGAACUGCCCGCUGUGGGAAGACCUGGGUGUUGGAGGUUCUUCCAAAUGCGUUUAGCUGGCCCGUGCCMUCUCGAAGGGUCUUAGGGAGGUGUAUAUGGGGGAAGUUCUCCUGGUGGGAUGGGAUGUUGCCUUGCUUCUAUUCAGUUGGCCAUCUGUAGCUACCCUGUUCUUUCCAACUCUCCUCCCUAGCUAGAACACCAAGCCUGGGAACCCAGAGUCUUAGUCUCGGUUUCAGAGUGGGAACAUGAUUCCCAUACAAGAUCACAAAAAGGGAACAGAGGAGACCCAGCCCCAUUGUGGCCAUCCUGACUCUGGUGGCCACAUCUCAGGUUUCAGGGGCUUUGGGAGCUUGAGUGGCCCCUGGCCACACACCAUGCAGGCAAGAAUGGAUACCUGCAGAUGUUUAACCAGCUGCUUCUGCCCUUUGGUUCCCUACAAAACCACUUCCCCAGCCAGAACUGGGGUGGUGUGAAGAGGAAUACAUUGCAUGGUGGAGGGUGAAGUGGGAGGUGUCUCACUGCUCUCAGGGUUCAGGUCCAAUUGUUGCUGGUAUUGAAGUCCACCUGUUGUGGAAUGUUCUGAUCCAUUUUGGCUUUCUGAGUUUUUGUGGAAUUAAAGUGCUGCUGCUGCUAA